AUGUCGCGACGCCCGGCCUGUGAGACUUGUCGGAAGUCCAAGCUGGCCUGCGACCACGGGCUGCCGGUAUGCUCGCGCUGCAGUAGCUCCGGGGCGAUUUGCAUCUACCGCACGGCGCCGUUCAAGCGCAGACGAGUUGACUCCCCGGCAAAAUCUGGGUCCGCUGAGAUUCCCGACCAAAAGAGAGUUAAGAAGCUAACGCGCCCCUACAGUCUUCAUUCCCGAGAUUCCUCGCCGUCAUUGGGCGCAAGGCGCCCUCCGUACCCGAAUCCCGGUUUUUUGGGUUCUUCCAGUCAUGCAGCCAUCUUUAAGCAUAUCACCCCGGACGGCGAUCAUGGCUCUACGGCGCAUGUUUCGGAUCUUGCUUGCUCGGCCACCCAGCCCCAGGUCACCGGUGACAAUCACCUGCUGUCGCAAGGAGCAGAUAUCCUCAAGCAGAUUGUAACCAGUUAUCCAUUGACGGCCAUGAAAGAUCUGGUCCUGUUCUGGCUAGUUAAAGGCGCAAAUCUCGCUCUGGCCGAACCAUUUGUGGCGCAGUGUGCCGAGAGCGUGAGCCACUUAUUCACAACACAGGAUGAGAAUUGGAAUUUGGUCUAUGCACGGCGGCUGCUUCAGAACACUGCCCGACCACUGGUCUUUGAUGCCGAUUCUGACCUCCACAGCUUCUCCGCUCAGUUCCUAGCCCAUAAUUCUCGAUGGGAGACAAUUGCGAUCUUCUUUGCUGCUGUCAGCCGAGCUACGAUCGAUAUAUCGUUCUUUCCCUCGCUGUAUGCCACCGAGGAAGAGCAGUAUCCUCUCCGAAGACUCGCUAUGAAACUCUGCGAUUGUGCACUAGAGAUCUCUCUCUCACUGGACUGUCUGAAUGAUUUGCAGCUGAUCGUUCAGUAUGAAAAUUUCAUUGUACAUUCCUAUGUGGAUGGCGACCAGAGCUAUCAUACAUGGCGCAAGCUCGGAGACGUGAUUUCAUCCACCUUCGCUCUGGGCUACCACGAGAACCUAGAGACUAAACCCGGCAUCCCGCCGUUUCUCAUAGAACUGCGCAAAACUGCGUUCGCGAGAAUCUACUCAGCAGAUAAGAACAUUGCCAUAUUCCUCGGCCGGCCGCCGCGGAUGAACAAGCGUUUCUGCCACUUUCAGAUCCCAUCGUGCCGGACAGUCAUCGACGAUCCAACUGAGACACAUCACGAUAUCAAUCAUUGGGAGCCGGAUUCCCAAGCUGGAUACAGAGCUGACACCCGCUGGUCUGCGCUCUGUGCUUUUUUGAAAGAGGAAAUUUGGGAAUUACUGCAGGAUAAACACCACGCCUCGUGUUCUCAGCGAGCCAGUGAGAUACAAGAUCAAGCAAAAGCACAAUGGCAAGCACUUCCAGCCCAUUUUCGACUCGAGGGCAGUCUGAAACAAUGCACUCACACGCCAUUCGAACGCGACUUUUUAGCAGGCGUCCGCCUGCAGCAUUUACAUGUCCUAUUUUUGCUUCGGCUCCUCUUACUCCAUUCAUUGACUGAACCUGAUAUGGCGAUCAUCGAGACGGCAGAACAGAUGCUUGCCCUCGUCGUGGAAAUCAUCUUGCUCAGAGACCAGUUGACGAAUUCAGGAACAGGUCUGAUCUGGAAGGUAUCUAUCUAUCUCGUCUUCUGGAUUCUGCCUUGUAUAUUGAUAGAAUUACAGGUUGCGCACUAUGGCCUCCCGGCCGCAGGGAUAAUCCUUCUGUCCAUGCUAAACCUACAUUCAAUGUCGCAAUCAGGGAUAUCACGCACAAAAACUCUACAAGGCCUCAGCGUCUUCGUAGCUGAAGUACAAAUCGGGACGAUUGUGCGUCCAGGAGACCCGAAUUAUGCGCUCCUAUCAAAAGCCACGCAGACGAUCCAGCGAUUCCUUGACUCUUUCCAAUCGGACCCGACACCGCAUCAGCAGCAUCAAAAGCAAUACCAGCAUUCAUACCCAAGAGAUGUGGCGCCGCACCACGACGAGGCAAGCGAUGACUGGGCUGCAUUUCUGGAACAGGAUACGUGGGACUUCGAGGCGGGAUUCUGGCAGAGUUUGGCGGAUCAUCCGUCGUUGUUGGCGAUGGAUCCUACCGUGCCUUCUUCAUAG